GAAAUUCAAAAUUUCAAGCGUGAACCACCUGCAGCUUUCCCGAUCGGACUUUGCUGUUGGCUUGCGUAGUUCGGUUGUUGCAUGGGUGCCAGUUUCUUCAUUGCCAUUCAAACUAAUUUCUUGCCUUGACUCUGUUUCGAAUUUCGUAAGGCUGAUCCGUUUCACUCAACCAUUCUUCUACACCAACUAGCUCACGCUGCACGAACGCGGUGGAAGGAGCUCGCAGUCGCACACCCGUAUCUUGGCUAGACAUCAGUUGCUGAAAUCGCCCACAUGUUUUCGAAGGCCAAACGCUUUGACGAAUCCAAGGCAUGCGGCCCUCCGCCUGGCCACUACAAUCCAAAGAGGGAGGAUGUCAUUCUCCAUGGACCAGCAUCAUUUGCCAAGGCCAGCCGGUUUGUCGAUGAAAGAGAAGCGGCCGCCCUCGCAGGCCAGACUGAUAGCAAGGAGAAUGUUCCUGAGAAGCAGAUGCCGGUGGCACAGACGCCCGUCAUGAAGAGGAGCAGCUUCCGCACGCCAUCUCUGCAGCGCACGCAGUCCAUGAACCGCACGCCGCUGAAGAACAGCAACAGUCUCGGCGACCUGGUCAUCGUCAACCCUGAGAAGGAAGAGGUGAGGCGCUUGCUAGCCGAGCAGAAGAAGUUGUACGAGCAGCUGAAGUCAAAGGAUGAGCAGCUAGCAUCAGUGAAGGCUGAGCUUCAGAGGCUAACACAGGAUGAAUCCAAGGACCAGGUCGAACAAGACUCAAUGGCCGCUGAAAUGGAACUCCUCCGCAACACCAUAUCCAUCUUGAGCCAGCAGAAAGAGGAACUAGUUUUGCAGGCGGAAGCUGCGGCCGUCCACACGGAGUCUGUCGAGUCUGACAACAAUCACUUGCAUGAUAUGCUCUCAUCGCUACGGCAGGACAUUGAUCAGCUGACGACCGAGAACAACCGGCUAUCCUCCGAUCACCAGGUUUGGCAGAGCGAGUUGAGCGAUGCCCGCACCCACCGGGAGGUUGCCGUGGCAAUGACGGAGCGCGUACAGCAGCUGGAGAGCGAGGAGCACCGCCUGACGCACCAGUGUGCACAGCUCAGUCAUGAACUGGAACAGGUCACCCACCGGCUCUCCGCCGAAAUCCAGCAAUCAACUACAAUGGCCGGCAGCAACGUGUCGCUGGAGUUGCGAGUGCAGUCGCUGGAGGAUGUGCUGCUACAGGAGCGCAGCAGAGUGCACGCCACCGAGACUAGCCUGCAGGCACAGACCGAAGCCAGUAAGCGCCUGCAGCAAACCAUCGAUUCGCUAGACCUGCAGCUCGAGAUGACAGCGGAACAGCAUCAGAAGGAGAUAUCCACGUACAGCGGGCGUCUGCUCGAUGCUGACGCAAAUUCUCUCCAGUACCAGCUCGAUCUCAAGGCCAGUGCUGAAGAGGCGGCCACAUUCCGAGAUCAACUCACGGCAGAGCUAGCCAAACUCCAGCUGCUCGAGGAGAACAUGGAAAAGGAACGUUCGGCGCGUAGUGAGUCAGAGGUGAGCUUCGAAUCUCGACUUGGUGAGCAGAGGCAGCAGAUCUGCGGCAUGGGAGAGCAGAUUGCACAGAAGACAAACGAACUGGAAGCACUGCAAAGUGACCUACUAGAUGAGCGCACACGAUUGACAGAAGCCCAGAGCUCGCUAGUGACCGUGGAAGACCAGCGAGACGCUCUUCGGGCUCAGUGCUCGGACCACACGGCUGAAAUCGAUCGACUUGCCAGUGACAAAGCUGUGCUGCGGCAGAAACUGGAGCAGGCCUGCGACACAAAUCAACAGCAUCUUUCCGGUCUGGAGGAGCAGCUUACGAUAGCCAAAGAGGAAAUCUGCAGUCUCCAGACAACCAUUGAGAAUCAUCAGACCGUUGAGGACGAGAUGGACAGGAAGUGGCAGGAGCAACUCGUCCAGUCUGAGGAGAAGGCUCAGCGCGUCAACCAGGAGCUUAGCAGGAGGUUGAUUGAUGCCGAGAAGAGACUUGUCCACACAGUCUCCGAACACCAGGAAGCGCGUCUGCAGCUACAGGAAAGACUGCAAGCCGUGGAGGCGCAGCUGGACACCGCGCUGGCUGAGCAGGAACAGAACGGCGAAGCAGAGAAGUGGCGUGAGGCAUACGAGACGCUGCGUGAUCAGUGCGCCCCGUUCACCGCUCAACUGGAGAUGUUCUCUGCAGAGAAGCAGCUGCUGGAAUCGCAAACCUCCCUGGCCAAGUCAGAGGUGGAAGACUUGAAUCGUCGCUACGGCGAGCUGCUGGGCCAUCAGAACCAGAAGCAAAAGAUCAAGCACAUCAUGAAGAUCAAGGAGGAGAACUUGACCAUGAAGCAGGAGCUGAUGCGGCUGCGCGAGCAGUGCGACCGCCAGAAGCGCACCAUUCGCCAGCACGAGGAGAGGCCGCGCGUUGCCUCGGUGAUGGCCGCGUCGCGCAAGGCGCUCGGGGCGACCAACAGCACCUCGCUGCCGUCUCACGGCGGCAAGUCACGGCAUUCGUCCGCCGAGGAAGCCUGGAAGGAGAAUUAGAUCCGAUCGCACACCACUCUCAGGAUCAUUUCACUCCCCUCUGCUAAACUGGCAUUGAUUCAGCCUCAACAUCUUGCAUGCGUGAAGAAUCGAACAAAAAAGUCUGCUCUGCCAUGUGUACAGUUUUAUGUGUGUGUGCUGUGGAGUACUCCAUUUUUGUUUUCUGUUCUUUUUUUGUACAUGUAACGUCGCCUAACGCUGUUAGUCCGUCAUAAAACCAUCCGUUCUCAAGAUAUCGUAACCGAAUAGUGUUUGACAAACCAAUUGAGGGGACAACCCUCGUCAUCUGAUUUCAUAUUCAUCGACAUCAUUAUCACCGCGGUACUGCACACGGCAUCAUCUGCAACUCGCGUCUAGGCUGCUAACUGUUAGCUUGACAAACCCUUCUUGCUAACGUGUUUGUGUGUAUGCUCGUCUCGUUACCAUUAGAUUAGGUAGUAACUACUAGCUGCUGGCAUGUGGCUUCCUCGAACAAUGGAUGCCCCUGCUCUCUUUUUCUGCAUCUGGGUUCAAACUCUCUGUAUGCACUGCAUGCAACACUUUGUAUGACUGAUUUUAUUCACGUACUUUUGGCUGUUAUUACGUUUGCAUCGUAUUUGCACAUAGGUUCAUUUUUAGGUAUAACAACUUUAGUGGUUUA